UUAUUCCUUGCCUCAGUUUCCCUACCAGCCCUGGGUGGGGAUUUCCUCCCCUGCCUCAGUAUCUGCCCAUGCUGGGGUUCCCCAAAAAGCAGCACAGAGCAGCUGCAAUCUCUGCCAGAAGUUAUCCUCUAAAUGAUUGUUCAGUACCACCAAUUUAAUCAGAAAUUAAACAACACAAGCAGCCUCUUUUCCCCCCACCUUCCAUCACACACCACCGGCAUUUUUUCCUCCCUGCCACUUAUUUUGCUUCUAAAUAAAGCUGAAUCACACACCUCAUGCCAUGAGGAAUUUGAAAGCACAACACUGUGCCCAGCACACGUGGGGAGAGGGAUGGAGCAUCUCCACAUGCAGGGCUCUGAGAAAGCCCCACUAUCAGGAAAAGCACCAAACACAGUCUCUGCUCAGCUCCUUCUCCAGCCAGAGACAUUCUGGAGUCCCUGGGAUCUUCCUCCACUCCCAGUGUUGCAUCUCAGCCACUCUGCUGAGUUAGAAGGGGAGGAUGCUUUGCACUGGCUGCGUUUUCUCCUUGCUCCAGGUAAGUUAGGAUGGAAACAGUAAGACCUAGAAUGGUGUUUUCCAGCCAAGACAUCAAAAAACUGUCAUCCAGGAAGAGAGUGGAUCAUGGAAUCACAGACUCCUCAGAGUCAAUCUCAUUCCACCUUAUAAGGGACACCUUGUACUGAGUGGUUCCUGUUGUCCCUCAAUUUCUCUCAUUUUACUCAGGGAAGCACUGGGAAAGCUGAGACACCCAGAGCCAUGCACAGACUCAAUUCCAGGCUGCCCCACACACCCAAAAUCUCCUGCCAAGAACUCCCCCACCUAAGGCAUCCCACAGCCAGGGCCUCCAGCCCAGCAGCAGGACCAGUAUGGGAGGAUUGUCAAUAUUUGCCCACUUUGGGCUCUCUGGAGGAGGGGCCCUGCUGAGGGUGCACAGCCAUAAAAGGUGUGACCAGCAGCACCUGGGGCUCACCAAACCCUGGAGCUGCCACCACCAGAAUGAAGCUCCUCUCGCUGCUCCUGUUCUUCCUAGGACUGGCCCUUGCCAGCUGCAACUUGGCCCAGUUUGGAAUGAUGAUUGUUCAAAAGACGGGGAAAUCGCCGCUGGCUUACAACGGGUACGGCUGCUACUGCGGCUGGGGGGGAUCCAAACAGCCCGUGGAUGCCACUGACAGGUGCUGCCAUGCCCACGAUUGCUGCUACAAGAGAUUGGUUUCCUCUGGCUGCAGCCCCAAAAGGACCAUCUACAAAUACACCUUCCAAGGAAACCGAAUAACCUGCGGAACAGGGAAUGGGUGCCAAAGAGGGAUCUGUGCCUGUGACAAGAAGGCAGUGGAGUGCUUCCAGAGGGCAGCCAGCACCUACCGCAAAUCCUACGACAACUACCCCAAAUCCAAGUGCAAGGGCAGAACACCUUCCUGCUGAGCACACCUGCCAGGCUGGGGCUCCAAAGCUCACAGAAACCACCAGAAUCAGGGAGUUCUGCCUCCCCUGUGGCCAGGCAGGACGUGGCACAAACCUGUGGUGUCCAGCACCUUUCCCCAGAGCCUUAGCACAGGGAAGAUCUGCUUCCCGUGGUUAAAUAGCUCAUAAAAAUGAGGUAAAACCUGAAAAUAAAGAUGUGUUUUUCAAUUGUGA